CUACACUCAAGUCAUUUAUAUGAUUUUUAUUUGUAACAAUACGUGUGAAUACGAUUCGUUUAUCGUUUAAGUAGAAAAAUCCAUAUUCAUAUAAUCUUGUUAUGUUAACUACAAGAAAUUUUAUUGGUACAUGGAGCUUUUAUUAAUGGAUUAUUUAAAACUAAUAAUAAUUAUUUAAAAGUCAUCUUUGAGCAAGUUAGUUGACAUUCGAUUGACAAUUGAAGAAAAAUUAUUUGUUUGAUGAAUAAGGUGGAGUUAGAACUUAAUGAGACACAUCAACUCUCCAAUAAUUUAAUGUUUUUUAUUUGUGAAGACGAAAAUUACUGGAUCCCAAGAUAUAUUAUGAAUCAUUCUACAUUUGAAGAUAGUGAAUAAUGAUGCCCGUGACAUUUUAAUGUACUAUUCAACAGAUUUUAUACCACAAUAAUGUUUUACAAAAGAUUCAACAAUGUCUUUAAUAUAUAUAUAUAUAUGAAUAUUAAUUUCAUGUCAACCGAUAUUUACGUUAAUCAGAUUUAAGAAUCAUUACUUGCAACUAUUCAGCGUUAUAUGCUUUAAUGAAAUAUACAAUGCCAUAAUUAACAGAUCAUAUGAUAUGCUCGAACUGAUUAUUUUUCUACUCAAUCAAACUAUAAAAUUUCAAUUUAAUAUAAACUCUUGCUUUCAAUAUUUUGAUUUACAUUCAAAAACAAAUUAAUAAUAAUAAUAAUAAUAAUAAUAAUAAUAACAGAUUUCAAUUAUAGUUACACACUGUAAAAACUACUUAAUUACUUACGCCUGUUACCACUCAUGGAGGAGCACACCAUAAAAAAAAUUGUUUUCUUUUUUGAAAAAAAUUAUUUUAUAUCAACAAAUAAUGUUUAAUGCAAUCUAUUAGGUGGUUCCAUCUAUAUUCACAAUAUGAAUAUGUUUAUUAUUAUUAUUAUUCAAUUAUUCAAUCGAAUAUAUCAAAGAAAAACUAUGAAAUUUAUUAUCCGAUAUUAUUUUAAAAAACAAUUUUUUCAAAUUUGUAUAAUCAUAUUACUUUUAAAUAUAAUAUUCUUUUUAAUCAUUUUUAUACAUAAUAUUAUAGAUUUAUCAAUAGAAUAUGAAGAACCUGAAGAAUCUUUAAUUUAUACUACUUAUAAUGAUAAUAUAAAAAAAUUAAAUAAAUUAAAAUAUAUGAAAGAAAAUCAUCAUAAAAAUUCUAAAAAAUAUUAUGACUAUUUUAAAACUACCAUUACAAAUUAUAUUGAACCAAUUUUAUUACCAUCAAGUCAUUGUGAUCAUAUAAUGAAUAAUAAUACUAUUCAUAAUACUAUUGAUAAUAAUAAUAAUAAUAUAACAAAUAUUAUUAUAUUUAUUAAAUCAACAUAUAAUAAAUUUAAAUUACGUCAAACAUUAAGAAAUACAUGGGCUAAUUCAAAAUGUUAUCUUAAUUAUGGUAUUCAACCAUAUAUUUAUUUUACAUUAGGUAGAGAAAAUUCCACUCAAUGGUUUAAUUCAACAAUACAAACUAAACUCUUUAAAGAACAUCAACAAUAUAAUGAUUUGAUACAAUUUAAUUUUAUUGAAAAUUAUUAUAAUUUAACUAGAAAAUUAAUUGGUACUAUUGAAUAUGCUAAAUUUCAUUGUAUUCAUACAAAAUUUAUUAUAAUUAUUGAUCAAGAUUUUAUUAUUAAUCCAUUAAAUUUAAUUAAAUUAUUAUUAAAUAUUACUAAAUUACAAUAUAAUACAUAUAUUAGUGGUUAUGUUAUUAAAAAAGGUAUACCAUUUCGUAUAAAAACAAAUAAAUGGUUUAUAUCAAAAUAUAAAUAUCCAUUUAAAUAUUAUCCAAAUUAUCCACUUGGUGGUACAAUUAUAAUGAGUAGACCAGUAAUGUAUCAUUUAUAUGAAUUAUUACGUCAUAUUAAAUUAUUUCCAUUUGAUGAUGUAUUAGUUGGAAUUGUAUUGGAUAAAUUAAAUAUUACAAUACAUCAUAUUGAUAAUAUAUUAUUAACUAAUUAUAUAAUGAAUUAUAGAAAACAAUUUAUUACAGCACAUUAUAAAGAUAUAUCAUAUUUAUUAAUGAAUUUAUGGAAAUCAUUAAGAUUUGAUAAAUUAUGUUAUAAUUAAUGAAAUAUUAAAAAAAAAUAUUUGAAAAUUUUGUUUUA